CCAGCUGCUGGGAAGUUGUGAAUUUCCCUUUCCCUUUCGAAUUCCUGGGUAUAUCUUAGGGGUGGGAGGACGUGUCUGUUUAUUACACAGAUGCAUAACUGGAGGUGGGAUCCACACAGCUCAGAACAGCUGGAUCUUGCUCAGUCUCUGUCAGGGAAGAUUCCUCGGAGGAGGCCCUGGAGCCCGUGACAUGGAGGGAGCCUGUUUGCUGGGACUCUUUGUCCUCUGCAUCUGGACGCAGCAAAACCAUCCAGGCAGGACAAUGGCUGGACAGUUCCAUGAAAAGAAAUGCUUCACUGAAGAAGUCACUGAAUACUUCCAGAAGAAUGUUAGCCCAGAGCAUCUGAAAAUCCUGCUGACUGAUGAUGAGGCCUGGAAGAGAUUCGUAGCUGUGGCUGAAUUGCCCAGGGACGAGGCAGAUGCUCUCUAUGAAGCUCUGAAGAAUCUUACACCAUAUGCGGCUAUUGAGGACAAAGACGUGCAGCAAAAAGACCAGCAGCUUAGGGAGUGGUUUUUGAAACAGUUUCCUCAACUCAGCCGGAAGAUUCAGGAGUCCAUAGAAAGCAUUCGUGUCAUUGCAAAUGAGAUUGAAGAGUUCCACAGAGGUUGCACUAUUGCCAAUGUGGUGUCCGGCUCCACUGGCACUGCCUCUGGCGUCUUGUCUGUCAUUGGCUUUUUGCUGGCACCAUUUACAGCAGGGCUGAGCCUGGGCGUCACUGCAGUUGGGGUAGGGCUGGGAAUGGCGUCUGCUACGACUGCGAUCGGCACCAGCAUCGCGGAGAACACAUACACGAAGUCGGCAGAACUCCGAGCCAGCAGGCUGACUGCGACCAGCCGUGACCUGUUGGAGGUAUUAGGGGACACUUUGAGCGAAAUCACGCCCAGCGUGCUUUCUUUUGCGCUUGAUUUUGACGAAGUCACAAAAAUGAUUGCGAAUGAUGUCCGUACACUCAGGAGAUCUAAAGCCACUGUUGGACGCCCUUUCAACAUUAGGCGACUCGUACCUACAAAUGUUAUUGAUAAGCUGAAAACACCUGGAGCCGCCAAACGGAUGGUGAGAAAAGCAGUCCCGAAGGUCGCUUCAGGAGCCCUCCUUGUGCUGGAUGUGGUCCAGCUUGUGCAAGACUCACAGCACUUGCAUGAGGGGGCAAAAUCCGAGUCUGCUGAGGAGCUGAGGCAGUGGGCUGAGGAACUGCAGAAGAAUCUAAACGAACUCACCCAGAUCUAUCAGAGUCUAAAGGCAGGCUGGGCCCAGUGA